AUGGACUUUCACGGACCAAUUACUCCUACUAGUAGACAUGGCAACAAAUACAUUAUUUCAAUCACUGACGUCCUAUCUAAAUUCGUUAUUGCAAAAGCAGUUCGUGAUUGUACCGCUGAUACUGCUGCUCGAUUUCUUCAAGAAGAAGUUAUCUGUAAAUAUGGCACACCGAAAUGUGUUCUCACAGAUAAUGGUACUCAUUUUACAUCAAAUAUGAUGGAACACUUACUUAAACGUCUCGGUAUCACUCAUUUGUACUCGACACCAUAUCAUCCUCAAACUAAUGGUCAAAUUGAACGAUUUAAUAGCACGAUGGAUGCAAAAAUUGCCGCUUUAUCUAAUCAAUGUCGAUCUGAUUGGGAUGAUCAACUUCCAUUUGUCAUCUUUAAUUAUAACACUAGUUCUCAUUCCACUACAAAAACUAUUCCAUUUGAACUUAUGUAUGGACGUUCACCUGUUCUACCAUUCGAUCUUCAAAACCCAAUCGUUUCCCUUCAACAGUCACCUCACUAUACUCAGAACAUACGUCAAUAUAUAUCACAUCUAACAAACAAUGCAAAAACCAAUAUAAUUCAUGCGCAACGUCAGUACAAAUCUAGAUAUGAUACAAAUCGCUCAAAUCCUACAUAUUCCAUCAACGAUUUAGUUCUUAUAAAAAAUAUUCGUCCACGUCACAAAUUUGAUAUACGAUACGAAGGCCCAUUUCGAAUUAUACGUCGUCUUGGUGUUAAAACAUAUCUUGUUCAACAUGUCAAACUACUUGCGUUGACUCGACAAGUAACAGUUGAUCUACUUAUUCCGGUCUCAACUGGAUAG